AUGAACCGCAUCUCCUCCCGCACCCUCUACCGGGCCAUCUCCGCGCCCCGCACCGCCCUUUUCACGGGCCGCAUCGCACCCCUUCAUACUUCCCGCCAUGUCCAAUCCACCGGCGGCUACGGCCAGAGCACCGUCUCCGGUCAGACCACCGUCGGCUCCUCGGGCGGCAGCGGCAGCGGCACGUCCUCCUCGCCCAAAUCUUCCGAGGACGCUUCAGCCCAAUCCGGCGGCUCUCGCUCCAAGGAAGCCGUUGAGACGGGCUCCUCGCCCACCGGCGGCCAGAUUCCCAACGCCCCUGAAGGGAAGGAUAAGUCCAACAAGUCCAAGUCCAGUACGUCAUCAACCGAUUCCGCCAAGUUCGCCAUCCCGGACACUCUAGCGAACGGCGACGCCCGCGGCCGCACCGGUGGCGGCGAACCCCUCUCAAGCUCCCAUCGGAGCGCACCGGCCAAACCCAAGAUCAGCAACGCUAGCGUGCCCGGAGAGAAUCCCAAGCUGACCAAGGAGCAGCAGGCGGAGGUGGACGAGCAUAAUCGGGACUUUGAGAACAAGCACGGGAAGGCGGAAAAGGCGGAGGAUGAUAAGGUUAACCCCAAGUUUUGGGGUGGCGGCGGAAGGCGGCUGAGGGAGGACUAG